GGAAUCUCGAGAUCCUGCUGCCUGCAUCAGCAUCAACAGCCGCGAAACCAGCAUCGACAGCCGCGACAUCAGCAUCGACAGCCGCUUCAGUAACAGCAGCAGCACUCACCCCACCGGACUUGCAGCACCAUGGCCCAGCCCAACUUCCAGAAGAUGAUCCAGAACUUCAUGCCCAAGGGCAACCCGCGAGCCUUCCUGGGAUCAACGGGCUCGCUCCUGGCCCUCGGCGCCAUUGGCUUCGCCAUCAACUCCUCACUCUUCAACGUCGAUGGUGGUCAUCGCGCCAUCAAGUUCUCGAGAAUCGGUGGUGUCAAGGACACUAUCUACUCUGAAGGCACUCACAUCAACGUCCCCUGGCUUGAGACUCCCAUCAUCUUCGAUGUCCGUGCCAAGCCCAGAAACAUUGCCUCGCUGACUGGCACCAAGGAUCUUCAGAUGGUCAACAUCACCUUGCGUGUGCUCUCCAAGCCCGAUGUCGCCAAGCUUCCCCAUAUUUUCCAGACCCUUGGCCUCGACUAUGACGAGCGAGUGCUUCCGUCAAUCGUCAACGAGGUCCUGAAGUCGGUUGUGGCCCAGUUCAACGCCUCCCAGCUGAUCACCCAGCGUGAGCGGGUUUCUCGAUUGGUUCGUGACCAGCUGCUCACCCGAGCUGCCCAGUUCAACAUCAUCCUUGACGAUGUCUCGAUCACCCACGUCGCUUUCAGCCCCGAAUUCACCUCUGCCGUCGAGGCCAAGCAGAUCGCCCAGCAGGAUGCCCAGCGAGCCUCGUACAUUGUCGACCAGGCCCGUCAGCAGAAGCAGUCCAUCAUCGUCAAGGCCGAGGGUGAGGCCAAGUCGGCCCAGCUGAUUGGUGAGUCCAUCCGCAACAAGCCCGGCUUCCUCGAGCUCCGCAAGAUCGAGACUGCUCGCGAGAUUGCCGGCAUCGUCGCCACCUCUCAGAACAAGGUCUACGUCGACGCCGACACCCUGCUGCUGAAUGUUAACGAGAAAAGGGCUUGAGCGCCGCGCACCCUAUCUGUUCCUGCGUUUCUCUGAGAAUCUGCAUGGAUCGAAGCAAGCCAGCCACGGCCAAGCUUCUCGCCGUGAGCUUUGCGACUGUUGUGUCCAAGGCGUGGCCAUUCUGGCCCAUCCGCUUCUUGCUCACACCAUUCCCCGUAACCAUCCCCCCCCCGUUGUCAAGCCCGCGCCAAUAUCCUUCUCUGGGUUGCAUCAAAGGCAACAUGUAUCAUUGUAACAUUGCCAACACGGCUUGCUCUAUUCACUUGAU